UCGCAGUCGCCCUCGAGAGUGGUCUGGCGCCCGCACACGUGAGCGCGCGCCGCCCCCCUCCUCCCGGAGAGACGGGACGGCGACGGGUGCCCGCAGCCGCGGCGCACAAGCGGCGACAGUGUCGCCUGCCUGCCGAACCACGAGUAGGCAGCGCAGGGGCACCACGAGCAGCCACGCGGUGGUACCGGCGGCGCUCCCGGCGCCGCAGCGGCGGCGACAGCUCGGAGCUCAGCCGCACAUCGCCUCGGGCCCACAGGCAGUGCAGCGGGCACGCGGCCGAGCACGCCUCCAGGCACGCCUCCGGAGCGUGCGCCGAAGUGAGCACCAACGCCGCUCGCCGACCCGCCGUCGAGCGUAGCGGACUGGGCCGCGGCCCGGCCGGCAGCACGCGUCGCCAAGGGGGAGGGGCGAGCGUGCUCCACCGACGGCAGGAGAUGCUGUCAGGUCCAGUCGCCGGGCGCCGGGACGAGGGGAGCGCGCUGCCACCGAGGCGGAUCGCACUGCAGACCGCCACAUCGCUGCAGAGCAUGUCGGCGGCGGGCGAACCCCGGCGGCACGUUGCGCGGAGUGAGACGGCAGCGGCGGCGGCGUGCGAAGGCGCCGCAGAGCGGAGGGCGCCGGGCCAGCGGGAGGCUCGCUCCCCGGGCAAGCGACUUGCCGGGCACUGAGGGCGACGCUCUCGUCGGCGCGGCCGGAGAGGCAACCGCGGCGCAGUGCCCGCUCAAGUGGAGCGAUGGCGGUGGCGGCAGCCCCGCCGGCGCCCUCGAGAGUGGCGCAGCCGCACGCACACGCGAGCGCUCGCCGCCCCCCCCUCAAAGAGGCGGGGUGGUGACGGGCGCCCGCGGCUGGUGCACGAGUGGCGAUAGUGUCGCCCGCCCGCUGAGCCGCGCGUGGGCAGCGCAGAGGCAGCGCGAGCAGCCACGACAUGGCGCGGUAGCAGCGCCGCGCCCAGGGCACCAGCGGCGGCGGCAGCUCGGAGCCCGGCCGCAAAUCGUCUUGGGCAUACAGGCACAGGCAGUGCGGCGGGCGGGCGGCCGGACACGCCUCCAGAGCGCGCGCCGAAGCGAGCACCAACACCGCUCGUCGGGCCGCUGACGAGGCAGCGGACUGCGCCGCGGCCCGGCCGGCAGCGCGUCGCCAAGCGAGAGGCGAGCGUGCCACGCCGACGGCAAGAGGUAGCGCCGGGUCCACUCGCCGGGAGCGGGACGAGGAGAGCGCGCUGCUGCCACCGCGGCGGGUCGCGCCGCAGAACGCAGCGUCGCCGCAAGCGCGUCGGCGGCAGUGAACACGAGCGUUUCGUCGCGCAGAACGAGACGGCAGCGGUGGCGGCAUGCGAGGGCGGCGGCGGCGCCGCAAGCGGACGCGACGGGCCAGGAGGCUCUCGCUCCUCGGGCAGGCGCCUCGCUGAGCGCUGAGCACGACGCCCUCGUCGGCGAGGCUGGAGAGGCGGGACCACGGCGCGGCGCACGCUUAAAGCAGAGCGGCUGCGGGGCGGCGGCCUCGCCGUCGUCCGGCCGCACG